CUCUGUAAACUGAGAAGAGCAGGAGCGAGCCUCCAGACACAUGGAAAGAUUUAAAAAUUACGGAGGGGGCAACUUCAUGAAUAGUAAAUGUUGUCGUUGCUCUAUAAAGUGACUUGAUGAAAAUAGUUCUGACCCUCAUAAGGCAAAGCAGGAGAGUGGAGGGGGACCGAGGUAGAUACAACUCCCAACCUGAGUAGUGACAGAAAAUUUGCCAAAAUAUCUUGGAGAUACCUGAUAAGGCGACUGGAAUGGUUCUGAUGAGAUGUAUAGUCUAUCUUUCUUACAAUCUUGAGGCCUGGGCUCUGCACACAGGGAAGCGGUGACUGACUGUUUAGAAAGGAAGGACUAGCCAGGAUUCGGGACUUGCUGCUACCAAAUGGCUUGUCAUGGUGCUCUCUUGUCCUGGAUUAGGCUGCUUUACUCUAGCCAGGUACCUCACCCACCCAGGCUCUACCACUCCACUCCCUUGACCUAAGGCAGGGCACACCAGUGCUGGAAGGAGUUUACCGGCUUGGGAAAUCGGGACCUUUGGGAAUUCCUGCUUUCCCGAGGAAAGCAGCUCAGGAUCUGGGAAAAGGAAUGCCACAGUGAACAAAACUCAGAGGUGUGUGUUGUGGGUUAUGUUCAUUUGAGACCUGUGCAUCAAGAAUCACCUGGUGUCAGUGAGCGUCUGCUACUGGGUUUUCUGCUUGCCUUCCUGCCAUGUCUAACGAAGUAGAAACAAGCACAACCAAUGGUCAGCCUGACCAACAGGCUGCACCGAAAGUGCCAUCAAAGAAGGAAAAGAAGAAAGGUUCUGAAAAGACAGAUGAGUAUCUGUUGGCCAGAUUCAAAGGUGAUGGUGUAAAAUACAAGGCCAAGCUAAUUGGUAUUGAUGAUGUGCCUGAUGCAAGAGGAGACAAAAUGAGCCAAGAUUCUAUGAUGAAACUCAAGGGAAUGGCAGCAGCUGGCCGAUCUCAGGGACAACACAAGCAAAGAAUCUGGGUCAACAUUUCCCUGUCUGGUAUAAAAAUUAUUGACGAGAAAACUGGGGUAAUAGAGCAUGAGCAUCCAGUAAAUAAGAUUUCUUUCAUUGCCCGUGAUGUGACAGACAAUAGAGCAUUUGGUUAUGUGUGUGGAGGAGAAGGCCAGCAUCAAUUUUUUGCCAUAAAAACAGGGCAGCAGGCUGAACCAUUAGUCGUCGAUCUUAAAGACCUUUUUCAAGUUAUCUACAAUGUAAAGAAAAAGGAAGAAGAAAAGAAAAAGGUCGAAGAAGCCAGCAAAGCAGAAGAGAAUGGGAGUGAAGCCCUAAUGAACCUUGAUGAUCAAGCUAACAAACUGAAGCUGGGUGUUGACCAGAUGGAUUUGUUUGGGGACAUGUCUACACCUCCUGACCUAAAUAGUCCAACAGAAAGCAAAGAUAUCCUGUUAGUGGAUCUAAACUCUGAAAUCGACACCAAUCAGAACUCUUUAAGAGAAAAUCCAUUCUUAACAAAUGGCGUCACCUCCUGUUCUCUCCCUCGACCAAAGCCUCAGGCAUCCUUCUUGCCUGAAAAUGCCUUUUCUGCCAAUCUCAACUUCUUUCCCACCCCUAAUCCUGAUCCUUUCCGUGAUGAUCCUUUUGCACAGCCAGACCAAUCGGCACCCUCUUCGUUUGAUUCUCUCACAUCUUCAGAUCAGAAGAAAGCGAAUUUGAGUAGCUUGUCUACUCCGCUGAGUAAAGGGCCCCUGAACGGUGAUACCGAUUACUUUGGUCAGCAAUUUGACCAGAUCUCUAACCGGACUGGCAAACAGGAAGCUCAGGCAGGCCCGUGGCCCUAUCCAAGUUCGCAAACCCAGCAAGCAGUGAGAACUCAAAAUGGGGUAUCUGAAAGAGAACAGAACGGCUUCCAUAACAAAUCUUCCCCGAACCCUUUUGUGGAAAGCCCUCCUCCCAAAGGACUAUCGGUACCGAAUGGCGUAAAGCCGGACUUGGAAAGCUCUGUCCAGUCCUCAGCACAUGACUCCAUAGCCAUUAUCCCACCUCCACAAAGUACCAAACCCGGAAGAGGCAGAAGGACUGCCAAGUCUUCAGCAAAUGACUUGCUUGCAUCUGACAUCUUUGCCUCAGAACCUCCAGGCCAGACGUCACCCACAGGACAACCUGCAGCCCCUCAGACCAACCCUUUGGAUCUCUUCAAAACAAGUGCUCCUGCCCCAAUGGGGCCCCUUGCAGGUCUAGGUGGUGUCUCAGUAACACCCCCCCAAGCAGGACCUUGGACACCUGUUGUCUUCAGUCCUUCUACAUCUGUGGUCCCGGGAGCCAUAAUAAGUGGCCAGCCUUCAGGUUUUGGUCAGCCAAUUGUUUUUAGUGCAACCCCAGCAGUUCAAGUUUGGAAUCAGCCUUCAUCGUUUGCAGCCCCAGCUUCCCCUCCGCCCCCUGCGGUCUGGUGUUCUCCCGCCCCUGUGGCACCCAAUGCUUGGUCAUCCACAAGCCCUCUGGGGAACCCUUUUCAGAGUACCACCUUUCCGCCUCCUGCCAUGCCCUCUCAGGCUACUCCUAUGCUGUCCUCUGUUCUGGCCACACCUCCUCAACCACCUCCCAGAAAUGGCCCCCUAAAAGACAUCCCCAGUGAUGCUUUCACUGGCUUAGACCCACUUGGGGACAAAGAAGUCAAGGAAGUGAAGGAAAUGUUCAAGGACUUCCAGCUGCGGCAGCCACCUGUUGUACCCUCAAGGAAGGGAGAGACACCUCCAACUGGGACUUCCAGUGCCUUCUCCAGUUACUUCAACAGUAAGGUCGGCAUUCCUCAGGAGCAUGUAGAUCAUGAUGAUUAUGAUGCCAAUCAACUGUUGAGCAAGAUUAAUGAACCACCAAAGCCAGUUCCCAGACAAGGUCUCCUCUCAAGUACCAAGUCUGCUGACAAUUCACUCGAGAACCCCUUCUCUAAAGGAUGCUUCAGUUCACCACAGCCCUCUGUGGCUUCUCAGCCUGCCUCUUCUGAUGCCCACAGGAGCCCUUUUGGAAAUCCUUUCGCCUAACUUCCGAAGCUGUAAUGCUGACUAUUCAGAGGGACAAAAGACUGGCUUGAGCCAAGGACAAAGCUGAGAGCCAGAAACGUGCUGACCUCUGUCCUUGUUCCACCUUUGGCAUAGUAUCUGUUGCCUUACUUGUCUCUGCCUCUCGUAAAAUGCCUUUCACUUUCUGUCUAGGCUGAAGCUAAACUGAAACUAUGGCUUUACGGAAAUUAAGCUCCUAAACUCUCUUGCUCAAAUAUAAAUGAAGUAGCUUCCCUGCCAAAGCCUUGUCUGUUGUACCCCUAGAACCUUCCAGAAUACUCCCCCCCUCUACCCUCCAGCUGGGAGGUCUGGCCACUUUAGCCCUUCAUAUCAUACUGCCUUGAGUAAAUGUCCAAAUCCUCAUACCUCAAAGUCAUUUGGUAUUCUUAGUGUGCAGCUUAAACCUAAACAUUCUACUAAUAGGACAGCAGACAUCUUGCUUCCCAUCCCCACUCAGAAAGAACUUUUUGAGUCAAUUGAAAGCAAGACUAACUUCUCAAAAGCACAUGGGACCAUCUCAAGAUGACCAUUUCCCCUUAUAAUGACAUUUCUCCUUUAAUUGUGUCAUUUACCAAUCCUGCCCCCAAGAGGUGCUUACAGUAGACUUGAAGAGGAGGAAAUUCUAUCUCCAAACAUAAGGCAUUAUUCAAAGCUUAUAAAACAAUUAAUUUCUCCCUGGGGCCUCAAAUUGUUUUCAUUCCAGACAUUUUGCAGCUGUUUGACCCUGGUGACCUUAUGGCCUGAAUUUUCCUUGAUGAUCCUAGUUUCAUAUCAUGUGAUUUUUUUCUCAAUAAAGAUGAUUAUUGUGUGCAUUACUUAAAAAAAAAAGGUAUAAUUUCUCUUCAUUCUGAUGAUUUCUCCCAGGACCUGGGCUAUUCCACUUUCAAUCUCCUGCUAUUUUAAAUGAGAUAAUAGAGCUGUUUUUUUCUCCCUGUCUUUGUCUCCCAUGCUUUUUGGUUUUUCGACACAGGAUUUCUCUGUGUAGCUUUGGAGCCUAUUCUGGCACUCGCUCUGGAGACCAGGCUGGUUCCGAACUCACAAAGAUCUGCCUGCCUCUGCCUUCGGAGUUCUGGGAUUAAAGGUGUGCGCCACCGACACCUGGCCUCUCCCAUGCUUUUUUCAGUCCAUUUUGCUCCUGGGUUUGAAUAAACAAAUCCAGGAACAGAUCUUUACCAGGAACAAAUUUUUAUGGGUCAAAAGGCAUUAAAUGACUCACAGAUCUUGUUAGUUCAAUGUCUAAACUUCUGAAGGUACACCAUCCUCAUCCUUCAUUUGGAUGGAGAGCCAUUCUCUUAAAGUUCUGAAGAGCAAUUUAACACAGGAGAGGAACUGGAUUCAGCUCGACUUCGAAGGACUAUAUUCAGAAAGCUAAAUGUAAUUGUACCAAACACACUGAGUCCUGACUGGAGGUUGUGUUAUGCCUUAUUCACCUAAUCGGAAAACUUCCUUGAAGCAGCAAUCAUCUAGUGACUAAGACAAAAAUAAACGAGAGGAGAAAGGGUGAUGGACAAAUGUUUGAAAAUCUGCCUGCAAUAUUUUCCUCAUAACCUUGGAAACCUAUGCAGUACGCUGUCCUUUUCAGUCUUUUUGAUAAUCAGGAUUGAAGAGUUUGUUCUUGCUGAACCCUUUAGUUUAGUUUAAAUUGAGUAUUUUUUUUUUAAAUGUUAUCUCUUGAGCCUUAAUGCUCAGGUCUUGUGGGUGUUAAUACAAUCUUAUGUUUCGGUGGAAGAAGAUGACUGCUCAAGGUUUAAACAAGAAGCUGGUCUUGUGAGCCCCUGUUGAUUAGCCCCAAAUGAUCCAAGCUGAAUUCCUGUGGGUUUCUGUUUAAUGCUAAUCAUUAAUUAUCUACGGCAUGUGUUUUUUUUUUCCUGUCUAACUUCCUAUUCAGUCAUUAUAAACAGAGACUUGAAAUCAUACUUUAAAAUUCCAAAUACCUAAAGAUGUGCUAAACUGGAGGUAACUAUUUCUAGAUGGCCGAACUUUUGAAAACGAUGAUCAGCUACACACCCGUUUUGUAUGUACCUGUCUUCUUGUGCACGUUUCUGUAUGCAAAUAAAGCUAUACAUUUACUCAUUCAAUAAA